AACCAUCUUCAUGGAUUUUAUUCUCUCUCUUUUUUCUCACUCACUCACUCACUCUUCUCUGCUGUGCUUUUUCUUUUUGUUUUUUGCAUUAUUUUUAAUCUCUCUAGGCUCUACCACUGCUACACCUCUUUUAAACAACCAAGGAAUGCUUCUUCACCGUGGUGACCGUACUCAAAACCAUCAAGUGCAUAUUGCCAAACACUAGAAAGAACCCUGUCUUCUCUUUCUUUCUCGAGCCCCUACUUUCUUUACCCUCUCUCUCUCUCUCUCCUCUACAAGUGUGCAGUCAUUUUUUUUUUCCUCAAGGACAUUUUUUUAGUCAUUUACUACUAAUGCUGGCUACUUUGGUAGUGUGUCCGAGGGAAUGGAAAACUUUGCUGCGUUGUUUUGUUUGUAAAGGUUCUGCUUGGAAAACAUCUACUGCGGUUUUGUCUCAGAAAGAGGAAUGGUUUUACUCCAAAACUUAGGAAAAAGGCUAUUUUUUGAAAACUUGUUUGUUUCUUUUAAAACCCAGUUGAAAGUUGGUUCUCUCUACCUGGGAAAGCUCCCUCCUUUUUUGUCAGAGAAAGGAGCAAGUAAGAGCCUUUCUCGCUAAAACCAUCCAGCCCUUGUUUAAGAUAAGGAACACUUGCACCACUACACUACACUACACUACACUACACUACACUACACAUUUGCGUGUGUGUGAGAGAGAUGGGAUGUGUUGCUUCCAAACUAGAGGAAGAAGAGGAAGUUGUGUCUAUUUGUAGAGAGAGAAAACGGCUGUUAAAGCUAGCUGUGGAGAAAAGAUAUGCACUUGCUGUGGCUCAUUGUAAGUAUUUUCACUCUCUCAAUGCAGUAGCUGCGGCCAUUAAGCUCUUUGUUGCACGCCACUCUUCACCUUCAUCACCUUUCCUCAUAACUUUCCCUCCUCCUUGCCCUUCUUCUCACUCUCCUUCUCCACCCUCCGAGAAUGUCAUCACUAACCCCAUGUUCCUCCAGCAGACACCCUCAGAAACCAAGCAUGAAGCCAUUGCCUGUGACUCAUGCAUCUCUUCAACAUCCUCAGACUCUUCUGAGGAAGAGACUGAAGAAAAAAGGGAAGGAGAAAGUGAACGCAAGGGAGAAGAACCGCAGCACGAACAACCAUGUGGGUACUAUUGCAUGCCUGUGACUAUGCCUAUGUCCAUGUCGAUGUCCAUGCCCGUGCCUAUGCCCAUGCCACCUUCAAUGCCAUCCCCUCAGAGAGAUUUUGGAUGGGACUUCUUCUACCCUUUUGACAGUUUGAGGAGUGAUAUGUGCGGCUACCACAGGAACUCAGACGAUGAUUUGAGGGCAGUGAGGGAGGAGGAAGGGAUUCCUGAGUUGGAGGAAGAAGUGGAGAGAGAAGAGGUUGAGCACAAAGUGGUGACUGUUGAAGAGAAUAAUAAUAAUAAUAAUAAUAAUAAAAGUAACAGUGAAGGUGUUGCGGAGCAAGUUAUUAGUGGUGUUGAAACAGUGAAGGUGGUGGAUGUGGCCACUGAGAAUCAAGGGGAGCAAAGGGGGCUUGCAGUUCUUGAUACACCUGCAGAGGGGAGAGAGCUGCUUGAAGCAUUGAAAGACAUCGAAGACCAUUUUCUCAGGGCUUAUGAUUCUGGAAAAGAUGUCACCAGAAUGCUGGAAGCUAAUAGAAUCCCCCUUCAUUCUAGUUUGGAUGAAAUAAAAGAAAGUUCGACUAAACUCAUUCAGGCAAUAACAUGGAAAUCCAUUUCAUCUAGGCAAUCGUCAUGCAAGAGUCUCAUGGCUCCAAAUACGAAAAAUUCCUCAACUUGGGUGGAAUAUAAGAAUGAUCUGUUUGAUGAUUAUGAAGGAAUGGAUUCGGGAAGUCAUUUAUCAACCUUAGGAAGGUUAUAUGCAUGGGAAAAGAAACUCUAUGAGGAGGUUAAGGCUGGAGAUAGCACAAGGAAAAGUUAUGAAAAAAAAUGUGCACAGUUGAGAAGUAAGAAUGUUAGAGGAGAUGAUCUGCUGAGCACAGACAAAACCAAAGUUGAAGUGAAAGAUCUGUAUGCCGGGAUCUUGGUUGCGAUCCGACGGGCAGAAUCAAUCUCAAAGAGAAUUGAGAAAAUGAGAGAUGAAGAACUACAACCUCAAAUUGUUGAACUGUUAAAAGGCCUGACCCAGUCAUGGAAAAUCAUGUUGGAGUCCCAUGAAACCCAGAAGAAGAUUCUGUCUGAAGUGAAGUACUUCACAUGCACCACGUAUGAGAAAUUCUGUAACCAGUCUCAUGGAUUUGCAACUCUUCAACUGGAAGCUCAGCUUCGAAAUUGGCGUGACUGCUUCAAAGAGUACACUGCAGCACAAGAAGCGUAUGUUGAAGCAUUACACGGAUGGCUGAGUAAGUUCAUAGUCCCUGAAGUCGAGUUUUACUCGAGAAGCAAAAACGUCGCCUUGCCGUACGAAGUGAACGGACCACCUCUGCUUGUAAUAUGCAACGAUUGGUUAGCUUCCAUGCAGAAGUUACCUGAUAAAAUGGUAACACUGGCAUUGAAAAGCGUGGUGAAAGAUGUUAGAGCUUUGUGGCUUCAGCAAAACAAAGAGCAACAGCAGAAAAGGAAGGUAGAUAGGUUAACAAGAGUUUUGGACAGAAGAUACUCUUCAGGAGGACUACCUAAAGUGGAGACAAAGAUGCUUGAGCUGCAUGCCACUGAUCACGAAUCAAAAUGGAGUACUACUGAUGAACAAGAUGAGUGCAUGAUGGAGAAAAAUGAUCAUGUGGAGACACUGAGAAGAAAACUUGAAGUGGAGAAGGAGAAGCACCACAGUAGCAUGCAGGAAACACAGAGGAUCACGUUACAUGGAUUGCAAUCUGGGUUUUCUCUAGUGUUUGAAUCCUUGUCGGAGUUCUCCAAAGCAUCACAGAAAAUGUACAAUGAUCUUGUAAGUUAUAGUGAAAAAAGUGACAAGGUUGGGAACAUUACAUACAUAGAGGGUGACUGCAAUAUUGAAAGUUGCAACAGCCAAAAAUAGUGUUAGUGAGGGAUAUUUGAGGCUUUGGGUUGCUUUAUUGUCAGGUGAAAAGUAAGAUAAAGGAGGGAAUAUGAUGGAGUUGGUAACCUUGUCAUAGCUGAAAUGAUUAAUUUAAUGAGGUUGAGUGAGGGAAUUUUGUACAAGAUUCUCAAUUAUCUUGGUGCGGAUGUUAGAUUCGUUUAACAGUUAGAUUCAAUUGCUGGAUAUAUAUAAUUAUAUUUGAGGCAGAGUCCGACAACAUAUCUCCUGAUAGAAU